CAUCCAUCCGACCCUAUUGCUGGCCGACGAGUUAGCAAUUUUCUGUCGUUCGGAGACCUCAUUUUAAGUCUCCUAUACAUCAUUCCGGCCACGCUUGCCUGCUUAAUUCAGUUGGACUGUUAGCCGUUCUUUUAUCGCCUAUCAUGGCAUCUCCAGAGACGUUCCUAUCGGCCUUGACUAGCCGGUCGCUCCGUAAUGUCCGAUCGGAGUUGGAGUUCUUAGCAGAUGCCUCCGUCAUCACCCCUCAGCAGCUCUCAUCCAUUCUAUCACAACUACCUAAUUCGAGUGAAAGCGAACGUCAAGUGUCCGCACCGGCACAGCCGUCUCCAGUUCAGCUACCACCCCCUGCUGCUCAGAGUAUACCUUCGCCUGCCGCUGCUCAGCCUGUACCAUCGCCCGCACCAUACUCACCACCUACCGCUCAGCUUGCCAAUACUUCUUUGAACGAAAAGGCACAGUACGGAGUUAAUCCGCCCGCACCUCAGCAACACUAUGCGAGUCCGCCUCCUGCCUACCCACAAGCACCCACUGUGCUUUCUGUCGCCUCUGCACUCUAUGCAUACACUCCGACCGAUGCUGGGGACCUAGCUUUGCAGCCAAACGACCGUAUUCAGGUCUUAGAGCAUAUGAAUGCCGACUGGUGGCGUGGUCGCAACGAGCGCACAAACCUCGAGGGUAUCUUCCCUCGGAGCUAUGUUAAUGUCCUGGACGAGAAAGCGGUUGCGCCACCUUCCAGCUACGGAAAUAUGCCUCUUGACGUCAGCCAGAGCGGUUCCUCAUCCACGCCUGGUAAACACGGCAAGUUUGAGGAACACGGCAAGAAAUUCGGCAAGAAGAUGGGCAAUGCUGCUAUCUUCGGCGCCGGUGCUACGAUUGGAUCCAACAUUGUCAAUAGCAUCUUCUAGUUCACUUUCUUGGUGCAUGGCUGGAUCGCUUUAUGUCGUUGAUUAUCGAACGAGAUGUGCGUUCCGCUUGUCUUUCUUUCUCAUUUGUUCCAUGGGAGCGGCGUUGGUGGUUCGGUUUAUCCUAUUUUUCUGUGCAUGAAGGGCAGGCCCAUAAGUGAACGGAAGGUCUUGAAAGAGUUAAUCAUCGCCUGUUCGGGUAUAUGUUAAGGGUCUUUUGCUAUGAACUCUCUAACUUGGCUUUUCAGGGUAUCUACGUGCCAAAAGGCGUUUUGGUCAAAACUAUUCUUAGGGAAAGCCCAAUACGGGUUCUAAUUGUAUGGUUCCAAA